UUAAUCUGUUGAGUUUCCUCUGCUUCCAGGAAGGUUUUUGAACCGGUGCCAAAACCUCGCAUUUUGUAGUGCUGUGUUUAUGAUAGGCGGGAGAAACAAUGGUCAAUCACACUUCAUCUCAAUCGCACCAUCCGGCAGCGGUCUCCCGUCGUAAAAAGCCAAAAUCUCUGCAAGACCUAGUGGCACUGGUCCGCGUCUGGCUGCGAAAGCUGUGGCAGUUUCUCUGGUCUCCUCCGAAGUGUUGGAUGUUCGCCAGACCGCUGCUACUGUUCGAAGCGCUUCUUUGCAUCUUCAUUAUCCACCGCAUCUCAUACACGGAAAUUGAUUGGGAAGCAUACAUGUCGGAAGUGGAAGGAUAUUUGAACGGCACAACGGACUAUAGCCGCCUGGAAGGAGGAACGGGUCCAUUGGUGUAUCCAGCAGGAUUUGUAUAUGUUUAUUCACUCCUUUACAAGAUCACGGAUAAAGGAAAGGACAUUCGCCUGGCACAGUACAUUUUUGCCGCAUUAUAUGUGGGCACGCUAGCGUUGAUAUUCCGCUUGUACGCUAGAACUGUGAGGAUACCACCCUACGUGCUGAUCUUGAUGUGCCUGUUGUCCUAUCGGAUCCAUUCCAUUUUUGUGCUGCGAUUGUUUAACGAUUGCAUUGCCAUGUUUCUCCUGUAUGCAGCUGUUAAUUUAUUCAUCGACAAUUGGUGGAUGGUUGGCUGCUUGCUUUUCAGUGCGGCUGUGUCUGUGAAGAUGAAUAUUCUUUUGUUUGCUCCCGGCCUACUGUUUCUCCUGUGUCAGCAAGGCUUAAUUACCACAUUUUGCGGUUUGGCAGUUUGCGGACUGUUACAGUUAUUUUUGGCUGUUCCCUUCCUGCGUACAAAUCCAUGGGCAUAUAUCGAGCGUUCUUUUGAUCUCCGUCGACAAUUUUUCUACAAGUGGACCGUUAAUUGGCGUUUCCUGGAAGAAGAACUAUUUCUUGAUCGCACCUUUCAUGUCGCUCUCCUGGCUGCGCAUUUGGCUUUGUUGGCACUUUUGGCUUGGAAACUGUGGCGUCCAAUGCGGAGAGAUGUUACACGGAAAGACCCUGUCGGCGUCAGCGCUAAGAUGUUGAUUUUAUUCAGCAGUAAUUUUGUGGGUGUUGUGUGCAGCCGUUCUUUACAUUACCAAUUCUAUGUUUGGUAUUUCCACACCUUACAUUUUCUUCUGUGGUCGUUGCCUAUUACCCAUUCCGCUACGCCUGCCAGAAUUCUCCUGCUUGGUUUGAUCGAGAUGGCGUGGAAUACGUAUCCUUCGACGGUAUUGAGCAGUCUUGCUCUCCUGGGAUCUCAUUUGACCAUCUUACUGUACAUUUUCCAAAUUCCCCGCCCCACUACUGUUCGCUUCAAAGCUGGGUGAAUUUGGAGUGGGUGAUGGUACAUUGGUACUGCGAUGUCUCUCGCUUUGAUGUUCAUUUAUUUAUGUCCGGUUUUGAUAAUUCUGUGACCCAUCAUGCCUUAGCAGCAAUAAUUUUUUUGCUCAUCUGUUUUUUAAGGAUUUUAACUUGGGUGUUACUGAAGUAAAUGAAACGAUUAUUUGUGCACAGAUUUUAUUAGUCAGCUUAACGGUGAACUUUAAUAUCUUUUUCGUUUUAUAGUUUUGCGGUAUCCAUUUUAAAAUUAAAUUCGGACUGUAAAACUAUUACGUAGCAAAUGC